CUGGGGCCCGAGGCCGGGAGUGCCUGAGCGCCGGCGGCGACGACGGCAGCGGCGGCCCAGCGGGCUCGGUGCGUGGGUCCGCGGCGGCUCGGGGUCCGCCCGCGGGCUGCGGUGCGAGCGGGCGGCCCGGCUCCCCUCCUCCCCCGCCCGCUGCCGCCGUGAUUGGGUGGAAGAUGGCGCUGGCCGGAUGGAAAUCCUAAUGACAGUCUCCAAAUUCGCCUCUAUCUGUACCAUGGGCGCCAAUGCUUCGGCAUUAGAGAAAGAGAUUGGUCCAGAACAGUUUCCGGUCAAUGAGCACUAUUUUGGAUUAGUCAAUUUUGGGAAUACCUGCUACUGCAAUUCAGUUCUUCAAGCACUUUAUUUUUGUCGUCCAUUUCGGGAAAAAGUUCUUGCAUAUAAGAGUCAACCUAGGAAAAAGGAGAGCCUUCUUACAUGCUUAGCAGAUCUCUUCCAUAGCAUAGCCACUCAGAAGAAAAAGGUUGGAGUAAUACCCCCUAAGAAGUUCAUCACAAGAUUACGGAAAGAAAAUGAGCUUUUUGACAACUACAUGCAACAAGAUGCCCAUGAAUUCUUAAAUUACUUACUAAAUACAAUUGCUGAUAUUUUACAAGAAGAGAGAAAGCAGGAAAAACAAAAUGGUCGCUUACCUAAUGGUAAUAUUGAUAAUGAAAAUAAUAACAGCACACCAGACCCAACGUGGGUUCAUGAGAUUUUUCAGGGAACAUUAACUAAUGAAACCAGAUGUCUUACUUGUGAAACUAUAAGCAGCAAAGAUGAAGAUUUUUUAGACCUUUCUGUUGAUGUGGAACAAAAUACAUCAAUUACUCACUGCUUAAGGGGUUUCAGCAACACAGAAACUCUGUGCAGUGAAUACAAGUAUUACUGUGAAGAGUGUCGCAGCAAACAGGAAGCACACAAACGGAUGAAAGUUAAAAAACUGCCCAUGAUUCUAGCUCUACACCUGAAGAGAUUUAAAUAUAUGGAUCAACUUCAUCGAUAUACAAAACUCUCUUACCGGGUGGUUUUUCCUUUAGAACUUCGCCUAUUUAACACUUCAGGUGAUGCCACCAAUCCAGACAGAAUGUACGACCUUGUUGCUGUUGUGGUUCACUGUGGAAGUGGUCCCAAUCGAGGCCAUUAUAUUGCAAUAGUUAAGAGUCAUGAUUUUUGGUUGUUGUUUGAUGACGACAUUGUAGAAAAAAUAGAUGCACAAGCUAUUGAAGAAUUCUACGGGUUGACAUCAGAUAUCUCAAAGAACUCUGAGUCUGGUUACAUCCUUUUCUAUCAGUCUCGGGACUGAGGGGGAACCGUGAUGAAGAGAUACUUUCUGCCUCAUUUCUUCUCUGGUUAUUUUGGAAAGGAUCAAGCACUGAUUUUUCAAGAAAAGAGAAAUGCAGGAAGCUCAGGGGGCAGUAGCAUACUUUGCACACGAUAAAGCAAAGACGAUGGAUUGACAAGCCCUUCCGAUCAUGGUAGUUGAUUUAUUUGCUCAGGUAUCAUGCUGUCUGUACAGUUCCAUACAACAAGGAGGUGAAAUCAGAGAUACCAGCUCCUCUUGUAAAACAGCCUUCCAGUCAUUGGCACGCAUUUUCUCUUUAUUAAUUGCACCAAUAAUGCUUUGAAUUCCUUGGGGGUGCAGUAGAAAGAAUAGGAACCUGUGCUGUAUUGAUAAGGAGAUGAUGUUGAACACACUGCAUAAAUUUGUCUGGUUCAGUAUGUAUAGAAGCAUAUUCAGUGGUCUUUUCGAGAGUAAACCAGAAAUACUUUUGGGCCCAACACUUGCAGUUGCCUUCCUGAUGUAAAAACUAACAUGCUAGAUAAUCCAGUGUCGGGAAGACAAAGAUGUUUUGCUUCUCUGAAGAAGCUUAUAAUAAUAUACAGUAUAUAUAUAUGUAGGGAGCAAUUGGUCAAAAGUGGCUUUUUGUUUCCCCAAGGGGAAAGACUGGCUUUGUAAUUAUAAUUUUUUCCUUAUUUAUUUUACUUAAAACUGGUAGAGUCUAAGUAUUAUAUGAAGUGCCCAUGAUUCUGUCAGUAAAUUUGAACAUAUUUUUAUUAAUGUCAGUUUAAGUAGUCCUUUUGUUUGUUUCUAUUUUUAAGGUGAAUUUUAAGUUCUAUCUGAAAUCAGUAAGAUACCUUGAGAAAAACUGCAGUGAGAGGAGGUAAAUAUCCUUUUUCAGGAGGAACUGAUAUCUCUGGCUAAGUAUUUGUCCUUUUAUUAUGGUUUCUAAAUCAGUUAUUUUCUUCAGCUUUAAUUUCAUAAAAUUAAAAAACUAUUAAAAAAAUUCCUGUAGUUGUUGGAAUAAUUUAAAAUUCUGGUGCAGUGGUGGUAUACCAAUCUUUAGAAUUCUUAAGUAUUCUAAUGUUUCAAGUUGAGAUCAUGCUUGGGAAAAUCAUAUCAUAGCAUUUAUGUUAUUUUCAGAUGUCAUUUUUUACCCUGGAAAGAAGUAAUAAUGUUCAUCAUAAUCCUAGCAGCCUGGAUAUUGAGCUAAACAAACCCUUUGAAGAUUAAAUUUUAAUCAAGUAGACCGGGAAUACAAAAAAAAAGUCCUUCCUUCCCUUCCCCCCACCUUUACAAAUCUUACUGGAAGGGUGUUCAGAAAUUAAAAUCUGUGUUUGCUAAGACUUCAUUCUGUUGGGGGUUUUAAGAAGGAAUAUAUGUAACAUAAAAUGUAUGUAAACCAUUGCAGUUUUUUUGGACGUUUUUCCAUGCAUCAGUAAGUUGUCUGACAGUAGCCAAAUGUAACUUGAAGAAAAUUACUGAAAAUUAUAUUCAGAAGAAUAGCAAUCAGGCCUUGGAUGUUCUUUAUUAAACUCUUUUCAGGCAGUAAAUUUUUAAAAAAAUUGUCAUUUUCUAAAGUUCUUUUGCUAAAACUGUUGACUAUGGAAAACAACAAAAAGGAAUUUUUUAGUCUGCUGCUAUUAUUAACAUUUAUUAUCUGUAUCUUUUGGCUCAGGAAAUGACUUCACCUAUUUUUUCCAUAAGCAGACCUUUAACAGAGUCACUUAAUUGGGCUGCUUAAACAGAUGUUCUGGGAAAAAAUUACAAUAUUUAGUAUUUGUACAAAAUAUCAAAAGUAUUUUGACAAGUUUCUUUUUAAGAUAGUUCCUAAAGCCUUACCCUGGCUAGAGAUGUUUUGUACAAAUUAUAUAUAGCCAGCCUGAUCUACCAACAUGCCACAGAGAAUCACAAUCAACAGUGUGGGGAAAGUCAGGGCAGUGGAAGUGAUGCACUCUUUUUAUUUUGAAGGCUUAAACCAAAUUGUCUUGGAAUUAAAGCUGUAUUUCUGCAGCUUUCUGUACAGAGAAAAAGAGGAAAGUGAAGCUGUGUCAGUUUUAACAUUAGCUAUAUCACAACAUGUUUAAGAAAGAUAGAUGAAGUCAUUUGCAUAAAGGUACAGCAUUGAAAUACUAUGUUGUGUUUGUUUUUACAUUUUUGCAUUAAAAAAAUGCAGUAAAAGCCAAGUUAAAUUUCAUAUUAAAGCAAGUUCUAGUAUAUGUGUUGAGUUCCUGGUAAUCACAUACUUGUUCACAUCUACACCAUACUUCAUAGUAUGAUUUGUCAGGGGAGGGACUGUGGGGUGACAAUUUUACACUUACUUUUUCUUCUUAAUGCAGCUGGAUCUAAGUCAAAUGUUUUGAAGUUUAUCAGAAACUCAAUAUACUUUUAAAACAUAUAGGGUCAGAGUUGGGGGAAAGAUACAGGUAUAGUAAGUAAGAAAAGUGACCCAUGAAGAAAGCAUUGUGAGGUUGUAUGUUGGUUGACUGUGAUUAAAAUGCGGGGCUGGUGUAAGUUGUAAGUGGUGGCUGAUUGCCGUGUAACUAUGUACAUGAUUGUUGGGAUGGCUGUCCCAUAUUUUGUAUAUUGGAAUAAAAAUUUCUAUAAAUUAUUGUAACUAAAAGUAAAUAUUCUAAAUUAAGUCCCACUUCUUAAGUCACAUGGCUUCUGUCUUGGAAAUUUUACCUUUAAAAGAUUUAAGACAGGAACCAGGAGGCUUGGGAACAGGGAAAGAAGGAAAUGUUGUAUUAUGUGGGUCUUGGGGCCUCUAACCAUCAGUAUAGGGUUUUUUCUUUCCUUGAUGGCAGUAGAAAGACCUCAUUUUCAUAACAUAACUACUCUUGAUACUUUCUUUAAAAACACUUUUUAUUAAAGAUUCUAUCAUGAGGUGUUUGGCUGGGAGCUGGGAGGCUAAAGCGCUCGUGUCCUGGCUCUUCAGUGAAUUUAACUGUGUGACCUUGGGCAAGUCACUUAACCUCUCUGUGCUUCAGUCUCCCUGUCUUGUAAAAUGGGAGUAAUACCUACCUCACAGGGUUGUUGUGGGGAUUAAUUAGAGAUAAUGUCUGUAAAGCAUUUAAGGUUCUUGAAGAAGGCACUAUAUAAAUACAAAAUAAUAUCUAUUAAAGUUGGUUUAUUUGUG